AUGGCCAACCAAGAGAUAAGUUUAAAGUGGAAUGGAUAUCAAAGUAAUAUACUGUCUAAUGUUAAAGAACUUUAUAAAGAUGAAGGACUAUCAGACGUCACGCUUGUUUCGGAAGGACAUAGUUUUAAGGCUCACAAAGUAAUUCUUUCUGCAAAUAGUUCUGUUUUUAGAACAAUAUUUCAGCAAAACCCCCACAAGGAUCCAAUUAUAGUGCUCCAUGACAUCAAUACCACAUCUUUACAAACGUUAUUAACGUUUAUGUAUAAUGGGGAGGUUAACGUUACGGAGGAAUUUUUGCCCAUACUUCUGAAGACUGCGGAAACUUUACGGAUUUGUGGAUUAUCAACUGGCAGUGACACAACUAGAGAAGAAGACAAAACAACAGCUAGCCAGUCAAAGAAACGUAAAAAGAUUGAGUGUGAAGAUAAUAACAAUAAGCUUAAGAAGCCUUAUUCUCCUGCUAAAUCUGAUACAUGCAUCAAUGUAUCAGAUUCGGAGUCUUUGAAAAAUUCCACUAUUAUGCCUAAGGUUGAACCUGUUGACUCCCCAUUGACUGACUAUUCAGGAGAGAAUACUAAUGAUACUGAUAUAGCUUUGCUAGAGGACGCAGCCGAAAAAAAAACAUCAAUGAGUCCAGAAAGUCCAUCCGCGAAAUGUGUUUCAACAUCUUUGAGUGAUCAUAGUGUGAAAAAAUGGAUAAAUGAAGUCAGCAGUACCCAACCCUGCCUAAAUAUGAGUAAUGACAAAGCAAACAGUAUUGAGAGCAUAGAAGAAGACAAAGAUAGUGUAGAAAUUGACAAGGAAGUGGAAACCGUUUUGCAAAGUGGAACAAUAGUAGAAACUCUAAGCGUCACAACUGAAAGUCUAAACUCUGUUUCAAGUGAAGUGCAGAACAUUAAAGAUAAAACAUCUUAUGCAAACCCUUCAUUCCCUUGUCCAUUUUGUCCUCGUGUAUACAACAGUUGGGGAUACAGGAGAAGGCAUGUAAAAUCUAGGCAUAUGACUAAUAGAUUAUCAUGCAAAUGGUGUGUAUCAGUCUUGCCUUCUACGGGGGCUUGGUAUUCUCAUGCAACAAGAGCUCACGGUGUGCCUCAUGAAGAGGCUAGAAACUCAUUGGUAGUCAUGGUGGAAGCUCAUGCGGUGUUAACUUUGAAUGAGCCAAGUGUUACACAGUUGUUGGGUCAAGUUGGUAUAUCGGAUGCUAAUGUUGCUACUGUUAAUGAAAAGAAU